CCCUAAGCUAAUUCACAGUUGGGCUGAUUGGUUUCUUAGCUACGUCAAUUUCUAUACAUAGGCCGAAAGAAAGUGGGGUGGGUAAUCAGAAUCCUUAUCAAACUGAGAAUCCAUGAAUUCAAAGUUUUUGGAACUCAAGGUCAUGUAUUGCAAAGAUCUGAAAUCAUUCAAUUUCUUCCAGAAACUACGGGUGUACGUUCUUGUUUUGCUUGAGAGCGAUGAUCCUGGCAAGAAAUUGAAGCAGAACCAGCAACACAGGACACCCACAGACAAAGAAGGAGAUGGGGAUCCUGAGUGGAAGUACGGGAUGCAGUUUGAUCUGAGUGAGGUUUCAUUUGUGGAUUGUGAUCAUAUCUUUAUUCAUUUUGAUCUACGCCAUGAAGGACUUUAUUUUGGAGAUAAAACUAUCGGGGAAGUACGUGUGCCCUUGAAGGAUUUGAUCCAAGAGAGCAGUGGGAUUGUCAGGUUUGUGAAUUAUCAGGUCAGCACUCCAGAUUGGAAGCCCAAUGGAUUGCUGAAUUUCUCGUUCAAGGUGUAUGCGAAGGGUGAGGAUAUAGGGAUUUAUUUCCCAAAAAGUGAGAUCAGUGGGUACUCAGCAGUGCACCAUCAUCAUCAGUCUCCUGAGAUUCAAUAUCCCACAUCAGAAGUUGAGAGCUCAUCUCUUGGAGUUUACUAUCCAUCUAUAGAAUUGGAAGAUAGUUCCCAGGAAACUUACCAUGCUGCCCAAGUUAGCUGCCCAUCUCAUGGAACCCAAUAUUCCUGUCAUUAUCCUCCAGCUCCAGCUCCUCAUGCCUAUUGCCCACCAUCAAUGCUACUGCCACCGCCGCUGCUAAACCAACCACCACCACUGCUACACCAACCACCACCAUAUCCAAAUGGGGCAUGUUACCAUCCUCCUUUUCCUCCGUGGUUCCACCCCCAGUGAGAUAUAUAGCCAUAGUGCAGACAAUCCCUGUUUUGGCAAUGGAGAGACAUGGACAAAUGAUUUCGGAGCUUACUGGAAUGACAAGUGCAUAUUGCAUUUAGAAUAUUGUUUCAGAUUUGACUGUUUGUUAUGCUGUUGCUAUACCUCUUCUAAAUCAUAGUUUGUCAAUUAUAUGACUUCUUUAUGGAGAGAAAUUUUGCUAUCCAA